AUUUCACAUCCAAUUUGCUAAAUCGGAUCCUUCGCCCCUCUCAACUUUCAAGCAUAUUGCCGCAGAGAGAGUCGGAGGGAGAGGGGGGUGAGGAUGCAGAAGCGAGACCAGAGCAAGUCCGGCGGGUCCGGCGGUGGCUCCGCGCCGACGCCGGCGAAGAGAGGCCGUCCUUUCGGCAGCGGAAGCAGCAACUCCGCCUCCAUGGCGGCCGCCGGAGCUGACGCGGCUUCUCCGUCCUCCCUCCUGGGGCCAUCUCUCCAAGUGCACAGCUCUUUCGCAGAUCAAAACAACAGAAGAAUAGUUCUGGCUCUUCAGAGUGGCUUGAAGAGUGAGUUGACAUGGGCACUAAACACUCUCACAUUGCUCUCGUUCAAGGAAAAGGAGGACAUGCGCAAAGAUGCUACUCCUCUUGCCAAAGUUCCUGGCUUGCUUGAUGCUCUUCUCCAAGUAAUAGAUGAUUGGCGUGACAUAGCUCUUCCGAAGGAACUUGUUAGGACACCAAGGGUCAGAACAUUAGGUUCAAAUUCUACCGUAACAGGGUUUGGGAAUGAAUAUGAUGCUUUAGGCUCCACUGGAGUGGCUCCUGGUACUUCUGUGACAGAAGCUUCUUUGCAGAAAAAUCUGACCAGACCUCGUCCUGCCGAGUGGUGGUCUGAUGAAGAUGGUCUAUUUAAUCUGGAUGAUGAAGGGCGAACAGAAAAGCAACAGUGUGCUGUUGCUGCUUCAAAUGUUAUUCGCAAUUUCUCUUUCAUGCCGGAAAAUGAAGUCAUCAUGGCACAACACAGGCAUUGCUUGGAAACAGCAUUCCAGUGCUUAGAGGACCGCGACACAGAGGAUGAAGAACUUGUCACCAAUGCCCUUGAGACAAUUGUGAAUUUGGCUCCUUUGCUCGAUCUACGGAUUUUUAGCUCAAAUAAGCCUUCUUUCAUCAGAAUAACAGAAAAGCGUGCAGUUCAAGCCAUUUUGGGGAUGCUGGAAUCUCCUGUCAGAGCUUGGCAUUGUGGAGCUGCUGAACUGAUUGGCCGUUUAAUUAUAAAUCCCGAUAAUGAACCUUUUCUUCUUCCCUUUGUUCCUCAGAUACAUAAGCGUAUGGUGGAUCUCAUGAGCUUACCAACACACGAUGCACAAGCGGCUGCUGUUGGUGCUCUGUAUAAUCUUGCUGAAGUUAAUAUGGACUGCAGAUUGAAGCUUGCCAGUGAACGAUGGGCCAUUGAUCGCCUGCUUAAAGUGAUCAGGACACCGCAUCCAGUGCCAGAGAUUUGCAGGAAAGCUGCAAUGAUUCUGGAAAGCCUUGUAUCCGAGCCACAGAACAGGCCUCUGCUGCUAGCGUACGAGAAUGCCUUUGCAGAGAUACUUUUUUCAGAUGUCAGGCAUUCGGAUACAUUUGCAAGGAUAUUGUAUGAGCUUACGGCGAGACCAAACAACAAAAUGGUGGCAGCUCGUGGAGUAUGGGGCAUGUAAGUUUAACCUUCAUUUUGUAGUAUAGCAGUGUGGCUUAAUGAUGCGACAGUUAGGAUAGUAAAGCCCAAGUAAUUGCUAGCUCACCCGAGCUUCGGUUUCAGGUAAGCAGUAGCAAUUAUAUUUAAGCUAAACAGUAGUCAAGUGAUCGAUAAAUUCUAAUGCCACAUCCUUGGUCACUUCACAGUCCCUUGCUAAUGAGCACAUGCUUUGUUGUAGCAA